UUGCUAGGGGCGGCGGAUGGCGGCGGCGGCGGCGGCUCCUCCAUGGCGACGGGGCUGAGCGGGGAUCCUGCAGCAGGCGGCCGGGACGCGGGGACUCCCCCUAGCGGAGCCAGGAGCCUUCGAUGGGGGGAGGCUCAGUCCUCGGGAAAAGGGGGGAGAGAGAGGCUCAUACUGAAGCCAACCAGCUGCGCCUCUGAGUGGAGAAACUCUGGACCGAUUUCAUGGCUCGCUUUUUAUUUCAUUAUCUCUGAAAAUGAACCUUUUGUGAAGCUCUGCUCCUAACUCUUCUUAUUCCUCUUUCGCGAGGUGGCUGCUGUGCACAGGGAAGAAAUGGCACGAAUCAAAUGAACUCCAGUAGAAAGCAAUCUGCCAAAGCACCCAGUGAGCAGCACUGUCACUUUAAUAAUUCCAGGUCAAGGGAUUGCUUUCCUCGUUUUCAAUCCUCUCUUUUAAUACAUGGGAGGAUCAGAAGGACAUUAAAGACCGUAAGGCUGGGUGGCUCGCAGAUAAUAAAAAUGGAAGUGACUGCCCAGUGACUUCUGUUGGGUAAGAGGGGAAGGCUGUUGUCUGGUGAGGAAAAAGGGACUUUUGCAGUCUGCUGUGUAGUCACCUAAUACAUAGCUAGCAAAAUUCAUUCAAGAAGUGAAAGAAGUUAAAAGAGUCACUUUGGAUUGGUUUUGUCUUCCUCCUUAGUUGGAUUAUUUGGGCGUUUUUGUCCUGCAAAUAAUAUGUUUUUGAGCACGUGCAGGUGGAGUAUUAAGACAGCUGCCUAGAGAUGGACUGUGCCUUAAUUGUAUUACAUGAAAUCUUUUAAUUUUCAGACUUUGCUGCCAGAAGAGGAGUGAUAUUGAGGUUUUAUAUUGCUGAGAGACAUUUUUCUCUUGUAUUUUUAUAGAUUCAAGUAUAUUUUAAAGAAAAGAUCUCCUGAAAAAAAAUCAAAAAGCUUUUUUUCUUUUUUUUUUUUUUUUUCUUCUUGUUUGUGGGAAGCAUCGGAGGUCCAAUACAAGGAAACAGCAAGCAUUGAUAGGAAUGAAGAUUGAAGCUGCAUUUCCUAACUGAACUGUAAAAGUGUUUUGCAAUAGAUAGCUCCUGACUUCGCAAAGUGUUCCAGUAGUACAUCGUUAAUACCUGUAACUAAGUGCUUGCAACCAGAUUCAGAAGUAGGAAGAAGAAUGCCAGUCAAGAAGAAAGAUACUGACCGAGCUUUAGUGCUGCUGGAAGAAUACUGUAAAAAAUUAAGGAAGCCAGAAGAGCAACAACUGAAAAAAGCCAUCAGAAAGGUGAUGGGCAUCUUUAAGAGCAGCUUGUUUCAGGCACUUCUAGAUAUUCAAGAGUUUUAUGAAGUGACACUGCUAAAUUCCCAGAAAAGCUGUGAGCAAAAAAUAGAAGAAGCACAUCAAGUUGCAGAGAAAUGGGAGAAGACAACAUCUGCUACAGAACAGGAGAACCUACAGAAAAACCAAGAGCCUGCAGCUUCCAAUGGAUCAGAAGGACCAGGACAACACAGCGAACAUGAUAAGGAGAACCAAACUGCUGAAAACUAUCUGGUAGACCUGAAGUCAAAGCAGAGCCAUGGCAGAUGCCCAUCCCACAAAUGCUCAGUCGAAACACCUGCCUGGAUACCCAUUCAGCACUCUACCAAAGGCCAAGAGGAAGAAAAUCCCACAGGUAGAGGCCUUCAGCUGGGACCUUUUCCUGAAAUGGAAUGGACUAAUGCACAGAAAUAUCGUUAUCAAGAUGAGGAUGCUCCACAUGAUCACACUCUGCCUCGAUUAACCCACGAAGUGAGAGGCCCAGAGCUUGUUCAUGUGUCAGAGAAGAAUUUGUCUCAAAUAGAGAAUGUCCAUGGAUACGUCUUACAGUCGCACAUUUCUCCUUUGAAGGCAAGCCCUGCCCCUAUAAUUGUCAACACAGACACCUUGGACACAAUCCCUUAUGUCAAUGGAACAGAAAUUGAAUAUGAAUUUGAAGAAAUUACUUUGGAAAGGGGGAAUUCUGGCCUGGGGUUCAGUAUUGCUGGAGGAACAGAUAACCCACACAUUGGGGAUGAUCCUGGGAUAUUCAUUACUAAGAUUAUACCAGGAGGAGCUGCAGCAGAGGAUGGAAGACUCAGGGUCAACGAUUGCAUCUUGCGUGUGAAUGAGGUCGACGUGUCAGAAGUCUCACACAGCAAAGCCGUGGAGGCCCUAAAGGAGGCUGGAUCCAUAGUACGAUUGUAUGUUCGUAGAAGGAGACCUAUUCUGGAGACCGUGGUGGAGAUCAAGUUGUUCAAAGGACCUAAAGGUCUGGGAUUCAGUAUUGCAGGAGGUGUUGGAAACCAACACAUCCCUGGAGACAACAGCAUUUAUGUCACCAAGAUUAUUGAUGGAGGAGCUGCGCAAAAAGAUGGAAGGUUACAGGUUGGAGAUAGACUUCUUAUGGUAAAUAAUUACAGUUUAGAAGAAGUUACCCACGAAGAGGCAGUAGCAAUACUGAAGAACACCUCAGAUGUAGUCUAUCUGAAAGUUGGAAAGCCUACCACCAUUUACAUGACCGAUCCAUAUGGCCCACCAGAUAUUACUCACUCUUAUUCUCCACCAAUGGAAAAUCACAUACUCUCUGGAAACAAUGGCACUUUAGAGUACAAGACAUCUCUGGCCCCUAUCUCACCAGGAAGAUACUCUCCCAUUCCAAAGCACAUGCUUGUGGAGGACGACUACACCAGGCCUCCUGAACCUGUUUACAGCACUGUGAACAAACUGUGUGAUAAACCACCUUCUCCUAGGCACUAUUCCCCUGUCGAGUGUGACAAAAGCUUCCUUCUUACAGCUCCCUAUCCCCACUACCACGUAGGCCUGCUCCCUGACUCUGAGAUCACCAGUCAUUCCCAGCACAGCACUGCAACGCGUCCACCCACAGUGAGCUUGCAGCGGACCAUUUCAGUGGAAGGAGAGCCUCGAAAAAUCAUCCUGCACAAGGGCUCCACAGGACUUGGUUUUAACAUUGUGGGAGGAGAAGAUGGGGAAGGCAUUUUCGUGUCUUUCAUCCUAGCAGGCGGGCCUGCCGACCUCAGCGGAGAACUGCAGCGAGGAGAUCAAAUUUUGUCUGUGAACGGUAUCGAUCUUCGAGGUGCUACCCAUGAGCAGGCUGCAGCUGCGCUGAAAGGAGCAGGGCAGACGGUAACAAUCAUAGCACAAUACCAGCCAGAGGAGUACGCUCGGUUUGAGGCAAAAAUCCAUGACCUGCGUGAGCAGAUGAUGAAUCACAGCAUGAGUUCUGGGUCUGGCUCCCUGAGGACUAAUCAGAAGAGGUCACUGUAUGUCAGAGCCAUGUUUGACUAUGACAAGAGCAAAGACAGUGGCCUCCCAAGUCAAGGGCUCAGUUUUAAGUAUGGAGACAUUCUUCAUGUCAUCAAUGCCUCGGAUGAUGAGUGGUGGCAGGCCAGGAGGGUCACUCUGGAAGGAGACAGUGAGGAGAUGGGAGUUAUACCCAGCAAGAGAAGAGUUGAAAGGAAGGAGCGGGCACGCUUGAAGACAGUGAAAUUCAACGCGAAACCUGGUGUAAUCGACGCAAAAGGGUCAUUCAAUGACAAGCGUAAAAAGAACUUCAUCUUUUCACGAAAGUUCCCAUUCUACAAGAGCAAGGAGCAGAGUGAGCAGGAAACAAGUGAUCCAGAACAACAUGUUUCUUCUAAUGCCAGCGAUAGUGAAAGUAGCUACAGAGGCCAGGAAGACUUCAUCCUUUCUUAUGAACCUGUCAGCAGACAAGAAAUUAAUUACACCAGGCCUGUUAUUAUCCUGGGCCCUAUGAAAGAUCGGAUCAACGACGACUUGAUAUCGGAAUUCCCUGAUAAGUUUGGGUCAUGUGUACCACAUACCACACGGCCAAAGCGUGACUAUGAAGUGGAUGGGAGAGAUUAUCAUUUUGUCAUUUCAAGAGAACAAAUGGAAAAAGAUAUCCAAGAGCACAAAUUUAUAGAAGCUGGGCAGUACAAUGAUAAUUUAUAUGGAACUAGUGUCCAGUCUGUGAGAUUUGUGGCAGAAAGGGGCAAGCACUGUAUACUUGAUGUGUCAGGAAACGCCAUCAAACGACUACAGGUUGCACAACUCUAUCCCAUCGCUAUCUUCAUCAAGCCUAAAUCAUGGGAGCCUCUGAUGGAAAUGAAUAAACGUCUCACAGAGGAGCAAGCGAAGAAAACCUAUGAUCGAGCAAUUAAAUUAGAACAAGAAUUUGGAGAAUAUUUUACAGCUAUUGUCCAAGGAGAUAGCUUAGAAGAUAUAUAUAAUCAAUGCAAACUUGUAAUUGAAGAACAAUCUGGGCCUUUCAUCUGGAUUCCUUCAAAGGAAAAGUUAUAAAUUAGCCACUGCACCUCUGAUUACGACAGAAGAAUAUUUAGAAGAAAACUAUAAUAUACUAUUUGGAGGCUUUCCUGUUUUUGUUGCAUUUAUGUUCUUUGCAGUCAAUGUGAAUUUUGAUGAAUGUACAACACAAAGUGUUUGAAGCCAUGAAGGACACUGAUGGGUCAAAGGGUAGGAACAAAAAGACUUCUACCAUAUAAAGCAAAUCUGUUGUGUGCUCAGAGCACGAGUUGUAGGUAUAAACUUUUGACACGGAGACUCUCUGCCAAGGGGAGCUAGCCACCUCCUGUGCCCAUGUGGACAUUCUGAUUGAUUUCAGUGGCUGAGCUCAGUGUGUUGAUUGCUUUAAAGAGAAGUUCCCAGCUCUUGAAUCUCAUAUAGGGCUUGAUCCUGCAAGGCGCUCAGCACUUGACCCCAAUUCCUACACAAACAGCCUGUUGACCUGGAGUCACUUGGGACCCUACCCUGUGCCACUCAGUCCCAUCAGAUCCAGUAGGACUAUUCAUGUGCUCAAAGCUAAGCACGGGCUUAAGCAUUUUGCUAGAUCAGGGCCACAUGCACCUUGCAAAAUCAAGCUCAGAGCACUUGGUCCACUUCCUACUGAAGUCACUGGUAGGAUGCUCUUUGACUUGACUGGGAGGUGAGUCCGACCCUAAGCUUGUCAUUGCACAUUCGUAGUUGGUACACCUCGACUUUGGUAACUAUGCACAUCUUUUAACGUCUGAAACCAAGUCAAGCAUUUCUUUUUCUCCCCUUUGGAAACACUUCUGGUGUCAGGAGCUAAUAACAGUCUCAUUUAUUGUAAGGGCGUUGAAGGGUGGGAGAGGAUGGAAGCAUUUCACAUCACACACACACAGGUGUGCACACAGAGACAUUCACACGUGGACACACACACACACACGUGAGGGUUCACAGCACCUACGCUGACAAGGAGGGAUACAACUGGGAAAAGCUUUAAAUUUUUUGAUUGUCUAUUUUAUCCUUUAUAUUGAUAGAAGGCACUUAAAGAUGGAAUAAUUUAUAAAAAAUAAAAGUAUAUUGAUGUAUAGAAACUCAUUUCUAGAGGUAAAAAAAAAUAAUGUUUUUGUGAGAUAUUUUGUAAAGACUAAUUAAUGGAAAAGAUGAAAUAUUUGCACCCUUGUGUGACUGUAAAAUGUAAAAGAGGACCAUCAAGUUGCAUUAUCCCUUUCUCCAACCAGAUUCCCUAUUAUUAAUGACAAGCAAGAUAAUUCCUUAAAUUGUGGUUGUCAGCUUGUUUUUCUCUCAAUUUAAUCUUCUCCCUUGCCUCUAUUUAAUCAUGAUGAACUCCUGUGGAAAGAUCUCUUGAGCUGACUGCCCUGCAGGACCUUUUCUGAACACAGAAGGAUAAUGCAUCUUUAAAUUGAAAGAGAUGAUUCUUGAGAAGCAAAAUGUCAGUGCUUGAAUGUAGUUAAUUAGUUCUCUCUUGGAGGGAGUCACACUUCACCCUAAAACGUUUUAUGAUUCUUCCUGUUUCUUUAAAGGAAACACCAAAAGCAUUUGAUCUUUCCUUUCUUUGUAGACAGGCAGGUCAGUCACCAACUAACCUCCAUUCCUCAUUCAUUUCACAGUCCACAAGGGUCUUCAAAGCUAAAACUGAGGCAAUGGAGAUUUGUGAGGGAUCUGGGGGAAGUCUGUGGAAUUGCAGGUUGGGGUGCAGGGAAGAGGAGAGCAAGGUAUUUCUUUCUCCUUUUACAUUGCCCUGGCUGUGUGUACUGAUGCCCUUCUCCCCUCUGAAGUACAAGGGGCCAACUGUAAGAGGUAUUACAAAGGAAACUGAAUCACCUUUGCUGCUGCUGGACCAAGUUUCUGUAAAACCCACACUCCUGCCUGCUGCACCGCAGGAGUCCAGUGCUGAGCUGGUGGCCACAGUAACCCUAAUAAUUAAGGAUGUUUAAGGGCAAAUGCUAAACAGACUCCUCGGUUACUCGCCUGUAAGAAGCUUGCACUUCUGUGCCCUGUCAAGCGGACAGGGAUCCCCAGCCAGCCUCUGCCAAGAGCGUGACUAGCUGGAUGUUUGCAACACAGCCACCAGCCGUGACAGGGUUCAAAAUACGGGCAUCCUGAUGGCCCUGACCUGGCCUUUCACUUACUGCCCUACUAUGGUAACUUGGAGAAGUUCACACUUCUUUUCGUACUAUUUUUCUUGCCUGGCCAGCACAGAUUUAUAAACAAGGGUUUCAGUUAAGCCUCCAAAAGAGCUUUGUAACCAGAAGGGCUAGAAACGUGUUUAUUUUACACAAAAUAGAAAUGAAUGAAAGCUUUGACUUUGGAUAAUUCUGCAGAACUCCACAGAGUGACCCCAGAUCUUUGGAAGCCAUGGAUUUGGUUUAUUUUUUUUCCAUGCUGGCAAAACACUGUUGCCACAGCUUGGGAAAUAGCCUACCAGACCUGAAAAAAAAAAAAACCACAAAAAUGAGCAAGUAUCCUAAAGCAGGAACUUCAUUCUGGUUUCCAGCUCUGUUUUUAAGCAAUCAAUCACAUCUGCUUCUUUGUUUCUUAGUUCAGCAUGCAGCCUUUUACGGUACUAUCCUACUAGUAACUGUUUUGCUUUGUCAUGUGCUGUGCUUUACGGUGAACAGUAACACUAUGGCUGAGUACAAUCAAUUCUUUCCAUCAGUCCUUGGUUACUGUAGUAACAUUAUUUAUUUUCCCCUGUCUGUCGUUUGUGCUUCCAGUUUAGAGUUGCCAUUGCACUUUUUGGGGGUUUUUUUGAUCUUUUUUUUUUUUUCUCCUUUUCCUUUUUUUUUUUUUUUUUUUUUUUUAAUAAAACAUAUAUUUAAAAAACCAAAACCCCAAGAGAAGCAGUUUGAGAGGUCUUAUUUUUUUCCCUUAGGACUUGUGCUCCCAUUUGUUUCGUGUGUCGACGUUUCCUGUUUCACGUUUCAGCAUCCUCAGAGCUGCGGUUCGUUGUUUGGGAUUGCAGCUGUUCAGAUCAUACUGGGUGGUAGUGGGAGGAGGAAGAGAAGCAUAAGCAAAAUUAUAUUUGGUGCAAAAAAAAAAAAAGAAAGGGGAAAAAAAAGAAGUUCAAACUCACAACCCACAGCAACUGGCACCUGAGACCAUAUUGGUGCUAACACAGCUUAGCGUAAUUGGGUUCCUUUUCCGUCCAUGUGAAUGAGUUGUGAGCAUCUCAACAUGAGACAAAUGCAAACGCUAGACCCUUUAGGAAAAGUGCCAGAUCACACCCCUGGUGCUAUUUCUCAUGUUCUGGCACAGUGUGUAGCACCACAGGGUCUAAGCACAACUAAAAGUAUCACAUCUUUAUGUCCACCCAUGACCGAUCACAAUGCCGUCUUGCUAGCUUUGUGCAGAUGUGCAGUAUUGCGACCUAUUUCUUUCUUCUUGCCACAAAACACUUUUCCAUGCACUGACUCAUUGAGAGCUUGCUAACAGGGCUCAGUGAAAUGGCACUUUCUACUGGUCUUACAGUUUGACCAUCAACCAGUGAAAGAGCUUCUUUCUCGCUUGAUUUCCCCUUGCUGCAGAGGUACCCUGUCCACGCUAGCGCUUUGUACUUUCUUUGGUAGUAAAGGCUAUUUCUAGAUAAGUAUUCUGUGACGUACUUGUGUUUGUAGCUAGCAUGGUUUGAUGCUCCGGUGUGGAUAGGGUCCUAGGAACCACCCUGUGAAAGUCAAGGGUAAGAAAUCUCUCCGUUGCACUGAAAUUUCCAAUCCUCAUCCUGGAGAGCACUGCGGAACCUCAGCUAACCACCACUACGAGCCAGCCACAGUGUCCUAGCUAUAAACCAUCCACCUACCUAUUUACCUUGAGUUUUCUAUGGAGAACCUGUUGGUGUUAAACUUUCACUGUUAAUUUCCUCAUUGGCACUCAGUCAAGCUGUAUUUUUGGUUCGCUUUGCUUUUAUUUUCUGUCUUUCAAAUUUUCUCUCUGACUGGAGGAUUCAGAGAGUGACAACACAUGAGGAUAGUUGUAGGAAGACCAAUGCUAAUGAUAAAAGUCUCAGUCUUCUUUUUAAGGUGCAGACUUAAAGCCAUAAUACCUGCUACGUUCACGGAAAGUGAUCUGCUGUCCCUCACAGGUUUUAAUCUCUACCUAUUUUUCUGCCACAUUAUGCAUGCAGUUCACUGGGCAACUGCAGUCAUGGGCUCAAGCCUUAGUAGAAUAAAUGUAUUCCACCAAGCCCAUGCCUUGGUGGAAUAAAUACCUUUUCCUAUUUCAUUAACAAUCAAAGACCUUGAGAAUUAAUUCAGAAGGAAGAAUGAGGUCAUCAUGUUAAAAAGGUUUCCAUUCUACAGCACAAAUCAGCACCAAAACUAUCAGCAAAUAGCAUCUCAGAUUUACUUGGUGUGUAUCUGACCUAGAUCCUCAGCUGAUGGUCACUCUCUUGAUUUCAGUGGUGUCCAUCCCAUUUACACUACCUGAAGUUACACAUCUGUCCUCCCCAUUGCAGCAGAUGUUUAGCAUUACUGUAAACCACCAAGGCCACAUAAUGAAACAGCAGCUCAGAACCUUCCAUCAUUAUUUACUGCUUAUAUUACUGUAGCACUCAGAGAUCGUAAACCAAGAUCCUUUUGAGGUAGGUGCUGUGAAACUGCUGAACAAAAUGACACCCCCUGGGCCAGAUGCUGGGGCCAGGUUUUCAGAAGGCUUCAUCCCCACUGACAUCUCACCAAGAGCAAUAGGAACCACUACCCCGUUGGCCCUUGUGAGACUCUGUCUUUGAGGUGAGGAGCGUGGGACACUGUUAUCCCUCAUACCAUGUUAGCAGCUUAUGCCAUCUGGCCCUGACCUAAUAGCACAGGCAACUUACCCUGGUGUAAAACUGCAUUUCUGGGGAGGAGCAUUAGCCAGCAUCCUAGGCAAGAUCUCUGGGGGGGGGGGGGGUGGGGGGGGGGAUAAUAUUAAGAAUAAAGAAAAUAAAGGGAAAAAAAGGCAACACUGUUGGCUCUUAGUGGGAUAGCAACCUUUUCAUUUCUGGAUCUGUGUUCCUGAAUUUGAACUGGCCAGCCCAACCUUCCGAGUGCGGCGGGCUGGCCGGCGCGCGUCUCUUUAGCAGGAUGUUCCUCAGUCCAGCUGUAGUGUGGGGGUACUCAGAACAUGGGAGUUUACAAAUUACCCUGUCCAGCUUACACUCCUGUUACGUGUAAAUAACUCUGCGCAUCCAUCCCAUUUGUGUAAAGAAUAAAGCACACACAGUUAUAAAACCCAAGAUGUAUAUUUCAUACUAGCUGUGUCCUCGCUUAUUUAUUCCGCUCCGAACCCUCAGCUCGUGGCUCAGUUGUAAAUGCUUGAUAGAGUGUUUAUAAAUAUGUCAUGGAUUUUAUUACCAAAUAUUAAAGCAUUUUUACACUUUAUAGCAAA